AUGACGCCCAACUUCGUUGCGCGAAUUGGCCUCCUGUGCCUCCUGAACAUAUGGUUAAGUACAUUUUCGUUGCCCCUUUUAAAAAAUGGAGGGGGGAGCCGUUUCUACAUCGCUUCCCAAGGGGUAGACAAAAUGCGGAGGGAAUCUCCACAUCGUGCGCAUGGUGAUCUUCCCUCAGAAAGGGUCAACCAAAAGAACAACCCCAUUUUAAUCAAAUUGAUCAAGCAAGACAUACCAUCGAAAAAAAUGACAACAUACUAUGGCCAAGUGGCCGUAGGAGAGAAGUCGGAAAAUGUGAUGAAUGUCUUAUUCGACACGGGCUCUACCGAGUUUUGGAUUCCAUUCGAAAAUUGUAAAGGAGACAAUUUUCCCAAUUCUCACAAUAAAUAUAAGCGCACCAAAUCAUUUAGAAAUAAAUUUAACAAGGAGGGCCUCCCAACGUUAUUGGAGGUUAGCUAUCUCAGUGGGAAGGUCAUCGGAUUUGAUGGCUACGACACCAUAAAAUUAGGCCAUAAUUUAUCCGUUCCAAACACAAACAUUGCUUUUGCUACGAAGAUAGAAAUACCCGUCUUAGAAGAAUUCAAAUGGGAUGGUAUUUUAGGUCUCGGAUUUGAGAACGCGGAUUCGAGGCAGCGCGGGAUGAAGCCCUUCUUGGACCAUUUGAAGGAUGAAAAUAUCUUAACGGAGAUGGGCUACAAGAACCAGUUUGGCUAUUACCUAUCCGACAGAGUCGACAUCGUGGGAGUGAGAAAGGAAUACGCAGCAAACGUGAACGUGAAAAGAGACGAGGACGAGGUUGUCGUGAAGUACGAAGGUUUUCAUGAUGGAGGGAAUAAAUCCAUUGUUGACACAGGGACGUUCUUUAUAUAUGCCCCGAAGAAAACGAUGCAGAGUUACCUAAACGAGGUGAAGAAACUGUUUUGUAGAAAUUGUUUAUGGACUUAG